UUCUGGGAAACCCAGGCGCCAGCCGUCAGAGGCUGUCGAGCGGUGGGUGCUUCGGCACCUCGGAGACUCGGCGGAGGGUGGAGGUUUUUCAGAAUGGGAAGCAGGAAGGACUACAGGGUUCAGGCCUCGGCUGCGGAGUCCCCGAGGUCCCCAGUGCCCCGCGUGACAAUAAGCUCAGGCCGCGUCCCUCCAGCCCUGCUCUUUCCCUCAGGUCAUGCUUCAUCCCCUCCAAGCUCUGGCCUCCAAGUGAAGGGGGAUGGAGGAGGGGGGGGGGGUCACCUGCUAGAAAAGUGUGGGGCGCCAAGGUCUGCCCCGGGACUCUAUGGACUCCAUCCCAGGGUCCAGGCCCCGCCCCUCAGUAGCUUAUCCCUAGCCGGGGCUCCCCCCGUGGGAACGGGGACCAGCUGGCCGGAAGCGCCAAACUGCGUCCCUGUCGAGCCCCGGGGAUCAAUCAGGCCGAGGAGUUAAUUAUGUAAUGAGGGGGCAGGGGGUCGGGGCUAAUGAAGCCUGGGGUGGGGGGAGAGAAGGGGAGGGUACCCAGGUAUCCGGCCCCCUCUUGGACCCCUUCCAGGCCCCAGGGGUCUCCACCCAGCCCAACUCCAGGGCCCCAAAUAGGGGAGGGGCUGUGAUCCUGGGUCUGGAAGGGGCUGAGCUGUGAGCUAUAAAGGGGGCAUCUCUCAGCACCCGGGGACUCUAGGCAGCGUGACCUGAGGCCAGACAGGACUACUCCAUGUACCAUCCACGAGAGUUGUACCCCUCCCUGGGGACAGGCUACCGCCUUGGGCCCCCCCAGCCGGGAGCAGAUUCCAGCUUCCCGCCUGCUCUGGCAGAGGGCUACCGCUACCCUGAUCUGGACACUCCCAAAUUGGAUUGCUUCCUCUCCGGGAUUGAGGCUGCUCCCUGCACCUUGGCCGCUCCCCCACCCCUGCCCCCGCUGCCCCCAGCCCUGGGCACUGAGCCGGCCCCCCCAGCCCCAGACGCCCUUCAUUCGCUCCCUGGAGUCAGCCUGAGCCUGGAGAACCGGGAGCUGUGGAAAGAGUUCAAUUCCGUGGGAACAGAGAUGAUCAUCACCAAAGCUGGGAGGCGCAUGUUCCCUGCUUGCCGAAUAUCAGUCACUGGGCUGGACCCCGAGGCCCGCUACCUGUUUCUCCUGGAUGUGGUUCCAGUGGAUGGGGCUCGCUACCGCUGGCAGGGCCGGCGCUGGGAGCCCAGUGGCAAGGCCGAGCCCCGCCUGCCUGACCGCGUCUACAUUCACCCUGACUCUCCUGCCACCGGUGCCCACUGGAUGCGGCAGCCCGUGUCUUUCCAUCGUGUCAAGCUCACCAACAGCACGCUGGACCCCCAUGGCCAUCUGAUCUUGCACUCCAUGCACAAGUACCAGCCCCGCAUACACCUGGUGCGGGCAGCCCAGCUUUGCAGCCAACACUGGGGGGGCGUUGCCUCCUUCCGCUUCCCCGAGACCACAUUCAUCUCUGUGACAGCCUAUCAGAACCCGCGGAUCACACAACUGAAGAUCGCAGCCAAUCCCUUUGCCAAGGGCUUCCGGGAGAAUGGCAGAAACUGUAAGAGGGAGCGAGAUGCCCGUGUGAAGAGGAAACUGAGGGGCCCAGAGCCAGUGGCCACAGAGGCCUAUGGGAGUGGAGAUGCACCAGGGGGCCCCUGUGAUUCCACACUGGGGGGGGACGUCCGUGAGUCAGAUCCCGAGCAGGCCCCAGCCCCCCGCGCAGCGGCCCAGGCCCCGGCUCCUCCGUGUGGCGGCUCCAGUGCCGAAGCCUACCUUCUGCACCCUGCUGCUUUCCACGGGGCUCCCAGUCACCUUCCAACCAGGAACCCCAGCUUCCCUGAGGCUGCGGACUCAGGGCGCCCGGCCCCCUACUCGGCCGCAUUCCUGGAGCUGCAGCCUGGGCCCGGGGGCUCAGGAUACCCAGCAGCUGCACCCCCAGCCCCCUUCGCCUCGCACUUCCUCCAGGGGGGCCCCUUCCCCCUUCCCUACCCCGGCCCUGGGGCUUACCUGGACAUGGGCUCCAAACCUAUGUACUGAGCUCUUGCUGGGCCCCUCUGCCUCCCUCCCUGUCCUCGGUCCCAGACCUCCGCCGCCCUUCCCCCAGGCCUGCAGCCCCAUCACUUCCACUGGCCCCAUCCCCCACACCAAAUGGCGGCCCGGGGGGGGGGGGCCUCCCCCACCCCACUUCACACUUUGAUUUCACUCCCACCCACCCUGGCUUCAAAGCUCUGGCUAAGCUGCUGGGAGUCCAGCUGGGGCCAGCUUCCCCUUCCAGGCUCUCACCUCGGUGUGAAUGGAGGGAGGCUCUGCCUGGCCAAAUGGGGCCACUGCCCAGCACCCCCUCCUCCUGGGCCUCAGCCUUGGGCUCUGCAAGUUCUACCCCCUCGCCCCAGGACAACCCACACCAGUUUGUUCUCAGGACCAGAGUAUUUUUGUUAAUAAAACUCAAAAGACCUCA